AUGAGUUCAGAAAAAGCCCCAGUCAUUACAACUUCCCAUGAAGAUGAAGACAUUUUGAAUGCCUUUGAGAUCCCCUCAAUGGCUUUUGUUUCCAUGGUCUUGAAAGGCGUCCUUGAGCUGGGGAUUCUUGAAUUGCUGGCCAAGUGUGGCCAGCUCUCUCCGUUGGACAUUGCGGCCCGGCUCUCCAUCGACAACCCGGCUGCGCCAGACAUUCUCAACCGGAUGCUGCGGCUCCUCGUGAGUUACUCCAUCUUAUCAUGCACUCUCGUGGAGGAUAAAGGCGGCCGCCCCCAGAGGCUCUACAGCCUUGGGCCUCGGAGCAAGAACUGCCUUAAAGAUGCAGUUAAGGAAGGAGGGGCAGAUCCUUUCACCCGUAGGAACGGCAUGGGCCUAGGCGAAGACGGUCGUCGAUCUGGGCGGUGGCGUCGGCGAGACCCUGAAAACCAUACUCUCCAAGAACCCCACAUCCGCGGCAUCAACUAUGACUUGCCUCAUGUGAUCGCAGCUGCUCCUCCCAUUCCUGGUAUUACUCAUGUUGGAGGAGACAUUCUAAAGGCCGUCCCUAAAGCAGAUGUCCAUUUCAUGAAGUGGGUUCUUCAUUGCGGGGACGAUGAGUUCUGCGUGAAGGUGCUCAAGAAUUGCUGGGAGGCAUUGCCGCCGACGGGGAAAGUGGUGAUCGUGGACGAGGUGGCCCCGGAGUAUCCUGAGACCGACAUUGUCUCACAGACCACGCUCUUGAUGGACUUGAACGCCCUGAGGAUGACCGGGGGCGGGAAGACCCGGACGCAAAGGGAAUUCGCGGACCUUGCCCGCGCCUCGGGAUUCCAUGCCCCGAAAUACGUUCUGCGCGUGUACAACCUAUGGUUGUUUGAGCUUCACAAGAAGAUGUGACGAUCGCAAUGGUCGAUGGCUUCUUCUCAGUUUGAUGAUGGCUUCACUACGUUAACACCAUUGUCUCAUGUUGUCGACAAGCAGUGGUUUGGUCCUUCCAAAUAAAAUAAGAAUUUCCCCUUUCUUUUUUGGACUUA